UUUUCUUCAGCUCUCUUUCUAAACAUCUGUCAAACAUUUCGGCUAAAAAAAUAAUAAAAUUUCUGUGUUACCAGUUUGGUUUUUUUCUCGUUUUAAAAGGCAUUAGCGAUCUGAAAAUGCAUAAAUUGCACCGUGCAUGUGCCCCUAAACAUCAACCAAAGAUAGACACACAACGCGAACCAUCGUGCGUAGGCGUUGCUAUCAGCUGUUCGAAUCCAGAAUUUAAAGCGCAAAAAGUGUCCACAAGAACUUAACGGAGAGCACUAGCACGAAAGCCUGAGAGCCUGCCAACGUGAGAGAGAGAGAGUGGGAGCAAGAGAAAGCUUUUCGGAUGUGUGCGUAUUUUAGGUGAACUUCGGCGCCGUUCAAGCAACGCGUUGACACUCAGUCGAACGGGCAACGAAGUUGCAGACGCAACAAAUUUUGUGGUCAGCGGGUCGUGGCUCGGUUCUUAGGCAUUGUUUCUCCUGUGGUGGUGCGUGGCAGUGGCAGAGCCCAAAGCGCAGCUUCUGUUAUUGUUUAUGCACACAGACAGCGCGCAAAUACACAUACACGCAGAGGCACACGCACACAGGCACAUGCCAAUUUUUACACAUACGACGAAAUCGUACGCAGCAAAACAGCGCAGCUAUUUUAGUACGCUGCUCUAGCGCUCAGUGACGUCACAAGGUUGAUCGCGAAAGCCACAGUUGUAUAAGAGUGACAAAGAUAACAACAACAGUGACAGCAACAGCAACGAUGAAGCAAAUCUACCGCAUUAACUUACGGCACUUAGUGCGUCACAUACAAAAUCGACAACAAUUGCCCGCCAACAACAAUUACCGUAAAUUCACCUGCCUGGCGAAUAGCAACAAUGACAGCCGCAUCAGCAACAUUAGCAAAAGCAGCAGCAGCAGCAACAACAACAACAACAACAGCAGCAGCAAUCUACAGCAACAUUUGCCCAUCUGUAGCCGCAAAUACUCCAAGUUCAGCACGCACCUGAACAGCGAACGUGCCAUGGAGCUGCUCUGCAAUCUGGAUGCAGAUGAACGGCAUAAUUUAAGGGAUGCAAUGUUUAAGCUUGAAGCGGACAAGGAGAAGAAACAGUACGAAAGUCAACUGGCUGUUGGCAGUUGGCGAACACGCUUCGGACGUCUAUCCAAUAAGGUGGGCGAGGUGGAUCCAACGGGCACCUUUUGUGCGGUGCCCGAUGAGUGGCUCAAAAAGAAACUUGUCGAGGCGGCGGAACCACCAACGGCUCGACAAUUGUAUAGCAUUUUCUUUGUGAAUGCCGUGCCAUUUGUAGCAUUUGGCUUCCUGGACAAUUUCAUUAUGAUUAUGGCCGGUGAAUAUAUUGAAAGCACUUUGGGUCAUUUUAUAACUGUAUCGACAAUGGCCGCUGCUGGUUUGGGCAAUACCAUAAGUGAUAUUAUGGGCAUUACGAUGGCGACCUACGUAGAGGAGGGAUGCCAGAUGUUGGGCCUGAAACAGCCGCGAAUGACGCCUGCACAAUUCGAAUUGAAGUCAAGCAAACGAACCUCCAGCUGGGGUCGCAUCAUUGGCAUCACAGCUGGCUGCCUGAUCGGAAUGUGUCCCUUGUGGGUAAUGAGUGAAGAAUCAAAAAAUAAGGCAGAGGACUAAUUUGUCUAUUUAGUGUAAAUGUCUUAACUAGUGUAAAUGGUCAAUUUGAAUAGAAAAUGGGUUCGCAUUCUGCCCAGAACACACAAAA